GCUGGCUACGAGAGCAGCUGCCUGAGCAGAGCCUGACAGAGACGAAAGCCGCGUGCUCCUGUGCCACCGGACCAUCCCUCGGAGAGAAAGACUUCAUUUGAACAAAAGAAAAAGGUGCAAAAAAGUGAACAAGUGUGAAGGUGGAAAUGCCACCAAAUAAACAAAGAAGAAUAUGUGUAGCUUAUCUCAUCCUGUGAAGCUGCAUCGUACAGCUAGGAGCACAAAACGCCACUCCGAGAGCCAGUGGUUGAAAAACCGGUUUUGAUCCGUCGGAAGUGUUCGUUGUUCCAUUUUCGUGUCCUGUUGCGUAUGUCCCCGAGAGUCCCUCGUACGCCUGCCCAAAGUAAAUGAUAUCCUCGAUGGCUUCUUAUCCCACCGUGUUAGCACCAGCCUGAGCUAAGUGCGGAAGAAUGCGAAACAGUUUGGCCAAAGCUUCCAAGUGCCGUGUGCCAGACGACGGCAGGCUGCAGAAGAUGCGUGCGCGUGGGAGCUGCCUCGAGUGGUACCAGUGGUAAUUGUGUGUGUGUGUGUAUGUAUGCGUGGCUGUGUAUGUGUGUGUGGAGUAGCGAGAAAAGCAGAACAUCCACCGUACCCUGAAGGCUCAAAAAUGCAGGAUUAGCCGUCCGUUUCGUUCCACGGCUUCAGUUUUCCUCGAUGGUGCGAUCCGUCGCUCUGUUGCAGUAAGUGUGCGUUUGUGUGCGCUUGGUGAAUGUGUGGGGCAAAAAAAAAGAAUAAAUAUACAUGAAAACAAGCAAAAGGUACAACAACAAAAAAAGUUGCCAUUGAGUGAAGUGCUUGGGCCUGCCAUCGAAAGGGAUAAUCCGCCAAAGUGCUGUUCCACGUGUGCCGUAAAAAAGAGAGGCGUCAAGGGUGAACCUCAAGCGCGCGCGCGUGCGUGUGUAUGUGUGUCCGUUUCGAUAGAAGACCGUGUGGUGUGUGUGUGUGUGCGCGUGCGUGUGUGUGCGAUUGAGCAACAAAAUUGUCACCCGACUUUGAGCAACUCCGCGCAGGAUGUCCUUCGAGCGCCAUCGACCGGAGAAGAUCGAGCGUUUCAAGGCGAAAAGCAGCCAGGCUCCAGCUCCACAAGGAAACAAAUGAUUUACGAACGAACGAAUGGUUGAAUUGACAGCUUGAACUUUUCGUGCGAAACGAACCCAUCGUGUCCAGCGUUACCCCACUGGUGAAGGUGCUGACUGAGAACCGCUUACAGGAUAGGCAAAAAAUAAGGAAACUAUCUAACGCCUAUCGCCGAAGGAUUCUAAAUGACUAUUGACGUCGCUGGUGCACAACGUUCGUCAAUCGACGGCCACAGCAAAGGGCAACGAGAAACGGCACCAUCCACGGCAAGAGUAGCCAACGGACGCAGCAAACGCACCACUAUUCCGCUGGCGGCAACGGACGCGUAACGUGCCCUCGAAUGUACCACAAGGACGGAACCGUAGAUGUGAAGCUAUUAGCCGACCUUGGGUACAUAGCCGACCGUCUCCGGAAUCUCGAGCAGAAGUGGGACCUAACCGAGCUGAAGGAUCUUCACCGGCGCAUCGUGCUCAAGUUCAACGAUCCGCCCGCGAACGUACUCCGACUGCACGAUACACUCGCUCGCUCACCGACGGUGCCGCCGGGAUCACCCGAGCAGCUGGAGGACAUCCAGCAGGUGCCAGAAGGAUCCUCCACCGGUCACUCUCCACCGGUGGUGAUUAUCGCGGAAGAAACAGUCGAGCCCGUGGUACCACCGGACGGUUCGGAAGCAGUUGAUUGCAGUCAGGAUGCCGAUACGGGCGACCAAACGAAUGCACGGGAUGUUGGUGAUGCUGAUGAAGCAGUGCGCAAACUAGACCAGCUAGAGGAUCUGGUGAUCACGUUCUAUCGCAGCUGCGGACGAACCGCGGAAGCCACGGACGAGCCACGUUCGCGGGUGAAAAAAACCAAACACAAGCUCGCAAGGACACGAGCGCACGACCCGGGCGAGCAGGAGUCCUUACCACACUCAGGUCAGCAGCAGAGCCGGUGGGCCACCGGUCAACGUACUAUGAACGAGGGUGCCGACCUGGGCCAGGAUCUGGAUCAUCUCGCGAGAGUAGCACCAGUCGCGACCGAACCCAGCCCCGAUCCGACCGAGGACGGUCCGGUUGGUCACGCGCCACCGGUGCAUCCUUCACAACCCCUACGCUCGAUCCACGACGAUUCGGAGGGUGUGACUCUCGAAGAGGAAGAAGACACAGUCACGGUGACUACGGAACCGAGCAGUGAAUGCUGCAGCCAACGGACGGUUGUAACAACGGUGGAAGAGCGACCGUUUCCGGUCGUAGAUCCGACCACCGAAGGAACAGCCGGUAGUGACACGGCCACCGACGACGAGGAAGACAACGAGCGUGGUUGCGAUACGGGUGGCGAGGAUGCAAAUGAUGAGACCGAUCCGGGAGAAUCGUGGGCCAGACGGUCCGAUGCCGGUGUGGUAGCUAAAGGCAAGGACUCGCCAGUUUCAUCCCGUCGAGGUUCAACCGGGGGCGAGUACGAGUCGGAGCAGAAUCGACGGCUUAGACGACGUCUUUCCGAGCUGACAAACAACUGCUGCACGCCGAAACAGUUCCAGCAGCUGUGCGAUAACCUGGACAGCAUCACCGACAGCGAUCUGAAGCUGCUGAUUCGCGAGCUCAAGCGGAAGAUCGAAUUCGCCGAAAGGAUGAACUGGCUGUGUCUCUCGAGCAGACCGCGCGGUCCACCGCAUCGUAAAACUAGCCUACCAAAGCACACGGACGUGAAGAAGCGCUUCCUGGAAACCUGCGACCGAACGCUAUCGGACGAGGUAAAAGCCGCCCUCCGACUGCCAGCCUUCGAUUCGUACGAAUGGGAAGACUGGGACGUGAUCCACCUGAUGCAGACGAUGUUCGUAGAGCUGAAUCUGCUCGAAAAGUUCAGCAUACCGAUCGGAACGCUGCGCGAAUGGCUGUACGAGGUGUACAAGCACUACAACGAUGUGCCGUUUCACAACUAUCGGCACUGCUUCUGCGUCGCCCAAAUGAUGUACGCCAUAGCCUGGCACACGAACUUGGUGCAGCGCCUGGGCGAGUUGGAGGUGCUGGUCCUGCUGGUGUCCUGCAUCUGUCACGAUCUGGACCAUCCCGGUUACAACAAUAUCUACCAGAUUAACGCACGCACCGAGCUGGCACUAAGGUACAAUGACAUCUCGCCGUUGGAAAAUCAUCACUGCUCGAUCGCGUUUCGAUUGCUGGAGCACCCGGAGUGCAACAUAUUCCGCAACAUGAGCAAGGAUAUGUACAAGGACGUACGUGAAGGAAUUAUCCGGUGCAUAUUGGCCACCGAUAUGGCCCGACAUAACGAAAUCCUGACCCAAUUUCAAGAGGCUACUCCCGAAUUUGACUACAGCAACAAAGUUCAUACCAAUCUGCUCUGCAUGGUACUGAUCAAGGUGGCGGACAUCUCGAACGAGGCCCGCCCGAUGGAUGUGGCUGAACCGUGGGUUGAUCGAUUGUUGCAAGAAUUCUUCGCUCAAAGUGCAGCGGAAAAGUCCGAAGGCCUACCGGUGACUCCGUUCAUGGAUCCGGACAAAGUCUCCAAACCGGGCAGCCAGGUGCGCUUCAUCGGUCUGGUGCUGCUACCCUUGUUCGAAGCCCUCGGUGAGCUUCUGCCAGAGCUGACCGAGCUAAUCAUCACGCCGGUGCGCGUCGCCCUCGACUAUUACCGCCGCCUAAACGACGCCGCAAACAAAACCCGCCGAUCGAUCGCCGAGGCAGAAGCGGCUUCGUCCGAGAGUGGCGGUUCGCCGCAGUUGCCCCGUUCGCAGUCCGGCAUCAGCGUCAAGUCCCGACGUAGUAUUCCCUCGCAAAAGUCCGCAUCUCGCACGUCUGUUGAUGAGCCUAUUUUAAUUGCAGCCGAACUGCACGACCUCCCAGAGGGCAGCGAGAGCGGUGACUCCGAGACGGCCACCGAAGUCGACGUGGCAGAGAAAACGUCCAAGUUCAAGGUGGACACGGAAAGCAUCCACCGCAAACAGUCACACCCGAACUCCCGGAAGGGUAGCCGCGAGAAGCGCCCCUCGAUGAUCGGUGAAUACUACACCACAGGUACGCGCACCCGUGGCUCCCACGGCAACAUACAGCAUACUAAUAAUCGCACGUAUUUUGGUUCGAAUCGCGCCAUUAGCCUAGACCAGUACAAUAACAGUCGGCGCAUGUCGGACGGCGUCCCGAUACAGACGGUCCACUCGGACAACAGCGUCCUGUACUACCAUCACCAGCGGCAACACCGCAGUCUCGACCACGACACGAUGUGUUCGUCCUCGGACAAGAGCACCAGCCUGACGAGCACGCACGAGGCUCCGGUUGUGGCUCCGGCGACCGGUGGCACCGAAUCCGCCACCAGCAGCCUGCACGUACCGACGGGGAAGCAACGGCUUGGCAAGCUGUUUGGGAGCGGUGGCGGGAGCCAACCGGUCCCGGUUGGUGGGGCGGUGGCCGCGGCUAACCUAAAAAACAACAACAACAACAACAACGGUGCGAGUCCUGCGACCGGAUCCGCGUCGACGAGUGGCGCCGGGAAGCACUUUAGCCGGAUGCUCAGCUUCAACCAGCAGCAGAAGCUCGACAAGCUGCGAAACAACAACAACAACCAAAGCAAGAACAAUAACAACAACAACAACAACAACAAUGGCAGCAACAACACUAAUGGCGGCGGUGGCGGCAACCUUAACAACAACAACAACAGCAACAACAACAACAAUAAUAGCAUUAGCAACAACAAUAAGAACCCCAACGGGGGAGCGAACAGCCACGUGAAGCAUUUGGAUGGGCGUGAAGGAACCGCGUCAAGGAUACGGCUAGGAGCGCGAAGUGCCGGAGCAGGUGGUGGCACGCGAGGAACCGCUGGUGAGGGUGGUGGCAUCGAUGGGACCAUUUCCGGGAGUCUCGGCGUUGACGGCGUUAGCGGGGAUGACGGUGGCCAGAAGGGUGGCAAUGGGAUGACGGGGCGGACGGCGGCAUCAACAUCGUCGGCGAGUUCCGGUUCGAAGUCGUUCCUGUCGCGUUUGCGUCAGUUCACGGGCCGUUUGAGCUUUAACUUUGAUUCACGGGAGUCCAAAAAGCUCCAGCUGCUGGCAAACGCACCGGUGGAUCGUUCGAGGAAGGCCACGGGUGGACAGAAGCAUGACCACCGGCUGGAAAAAUCACGCACCGUUGACGUGGGCGAUCUGGGACCGGUGGCCAUUUGUGGUGAUGGAACGAUGGCUGGAGCGCCAGCGAGCGUUAGCAGCACCAUGUUGAUUCAGCAGCAACAACAGCAACAUACGGGAGGAAGCCUUGUGCCGGGUGAAUCGUUUUACGGUGGAGGUCCACCGGUGGUGAUGAACCAACCCAAGUCAAUCUCACCGAUUUUGAUGCAACACCGACACAGCGAAGUGCUCGGAUUCGGUGGAGCAGCAGGAGCAACGGCCAGGAGCCGUGCCUACAGCUUAGAUGUCCCGAUCGGUGGACGCCAUUGUUGUCGUAGUCUGAGCGGAAGUACGACCGGUGGCGGUGCAGGUUCAAGCUGUGGCGGAAGUCACAAGAGUCUCACGUUUUCGCUCAACAACCGCUCGAUGAACGAGGACAACGACGGUGGCAGUUUGGCGCUCGUAUCGAGCGAUCCCAAGUCGGGUGGUGGACCACUUCGCAAUGGAACCGACAACUCGCUGCUGCUGCUAGUGGACGAUCCGUCCUCUACGACAGCGGCCGUCGUCGGAGGUGAUGCCGGUGCACCGGCCACAGACACCAUUUGACAUCAGCAACACCUGCAACAACACCUGCAGCAGCAGCAACCUUCGUACGAGCCAUCGUUGCAGGGUAUCCUGCUCACUUCAACCUCGUUGCAGGUCGAUUCGCCAGGCCAGUCAGUGCAACACCUUGGUGCGGCACGAUCGUCGGUGGACUCGGAACGUCGAGCACCGUUCGCCGAGUCGGAGUCCAUCUCCUCCAAGCACACAUCUGCGCUGGUGAGCUACUGGGUCUGUCUAACGGAGCGGAUGAGCUCGCUGAUCUGCAAGUGCUGUGAGCGGACGCUGCCACCGGCGGAGAGCGUCUAGUGUCUACCGUUUCCGCCAGAGGUC